AUGUCUGUCGAGAUCGAUCCCCAGGAGCUUUCCUUUAAGCGUCCUUUCAACCAAGAAGUAUGCCAGGUUCUCCGUUUGGGUAAUACCACUGCCGAGCCUUUGGUGUUCAAGGUUAAGACAACCGCCCCCAAGCACUAUUGUGUGCGCCCCAACUCCGGCCGGGUGGAGCCUGGUAAACAGGUCGAUGUUCAAGUCCUUCUGCAAGCUAUGAAGGAGGAGCCGGCUACCGAUGCCAAGUGCAAGGACAAGUUUCUGGUUCAGUCCGUCGCAGUUACCAAGGACAUGGAGUUCGCGAAUGUGACGUCAAUUUUCGAAAAGGCUUCCAAGUCCGCCGUGGUAGAGCGCAAGAUUCGCGUCGUUUGGCUGGGCCCAGACUCGGAUGUGAAGAGCGAACAUGUUGACGAUGAGCCUCCGUCCUACCCCUCUCCCGGUGGCGCACACUUCGAGACCCCUGCCCCCAAGCAGAUGAGCACCGAGCAAGGACCUCCCAUUCCCGCCCCCGAAUUCUCCGAAAAGCCCAAGUCCGAAUCUCCGCCGACCGAUAAUACCUUCACCAGCUCCAAGGCCGCCGUUGUUAACUCCCUUCCCUCAAGCGAGGAUCUGAAGGCCCAGCUUUCCGAUGCGAAUGCGCAAAUCCAAAGACUGAAGGACCGACUCGCAGACCAGGGCUUGCGGCAGCGCAAGACCGGCGGCGAGAAGGAUGCCCCGACAGCAAUGCAACAGACACACGUUCAGGGUGCUACUGGUGUGCCGCUCCAGAUCGUGGCUGCAUUGUGCCUGAUCAGCUUCUUGAUUGCCUAUUUCUUCUUUUAG